AUGGCGGCUGUUAGUGUUCGCUCCUUGCUGAGGUUGGGCGCUAUUGCAGGUCCAAGGGUGCUUCUGAAAAAUCAAUACAAAUGCUGCAAACCCUCUGUCGCUGCUGCUAUUUUCACACAGCAGCCACGGAAACUCUCCAGUGAAGUGGCAUUGAAAGAAGAUGCAACAGUAGCUCAGCUGUCAGAGUUUGGACAAUAUGUGGCCAGCAUUCUGCCUAAGUAUAUCCAGCAAGUUCAAAUGACACAAACCAAAGAACUAGAAUUGCUCAUUGCUCCUGAAGGAAUCAUCCCUGUUCUGACAUUCCUCAAAGACCACACCAAUGCACAAUACAAGUCUCUUGCCGACCAAACAGUUGUGGAUAAAUUAGGAAAGCCUUUUAGAUUUGAGAUUGUGUACAAUUUGCUGUCCCUGAGAUACAACUCAAGGAUCCGUGUCAAAACUUACACUGAUGAACUAACAGCAAUUGACUCUGCUAACCCUGUGUUUAAGGUGGCAAACUGGUAUGAAAGAGAGAUUUGGGACAUGUAUGGUGUAUUCUUUGCUGAUCAUCCAGACUUACGAAGAAUCUUAACAGACUAUGGAUUUGAAGGACAUCCAUUUAGAAAGGACUUUCCCUUAACUGGCUAUGUGGAGGUGAGGUAUGAUGAUGAACUUAAGCGUGUUGUUUGUGAACCAGUGGAAAUGGCUCAAGAAUUCCGCAGGUUUGACUUCCAGACACCUUGGGAAAAUUUCCCUGCACACAGGGAAGAGAUUGAAGCUGCACAACAAAGUCAACUUCCGCAGGGAGACAAGCCAGAGAGAAGUUGAAGAUAAAGGGUCUCUAUACUACUGAUAUGUAAUUCCAGGCUUUGAAAAAAAGUGCAAUUUGCUCUAAUUGGUUUGUAUGUGAACAUGUUAUCCUCCCUCUGAGGUUUCUCUGAGUAUGUUUUGUCUGUUAUAGUUAAAAGAAGACAAGAUAACAAUUUAUUGUAAAUAAAUCAGCGAGAACCAAAA